ACCCUAAUCCCUUAUCCUGCCCAAGCCCAAAUUCAAGGCUAACGGUGAAAUGGUGAAGUAAUUUGCAGCCUCCUGGGAUUCUCCCAAACUCACUCGAUCAUGCUCAAACCUGGAAAGAAGGGAUGUUCUCGGUGAUACAAUUCAUCAAUUUCCAGAUUCAAAGUCGCAAUCUUUCGAGAAUUUACAGGAACUUACAGCAGGUAAAGUGGCUGCUAAUCUUAAAAGCCCCAGGUCUGUGAUGACUCACUGCAGUGCUGAUAGAGUUAUGUUGAGAAGGCAUUCCUCAAGCCAAGUUCUUCCUUAUGGAAGUAAGAGACUUUGGUGCAAGAUGUUUCUCUGGAGCCAUAGGAACAUACAUAGAGCUAUUUCAAGCAAAUCAACACAGGUGAAUCCUGGUGUGGCUGUAACGCACAAUCCAUACGGGUACUCUUCCGACACCCUUGAACCGAAGCACAAGCAGUCACCAGGAAAUGUGGAAUGGUAAGUAGUAUUGUAUUCCAUUCAUUACGAUUAAUCACACGAAACCUUACCAGUUACCAAUUACGAACGUGAGUGUGAUUCAGAAGAGAGACGAGAGGAUAUUUCGGUUGAGUAAGAACAAGGCUUCUUCGAAAUCUGCAGCUGAUACAAGAUUUGAGUUCUGAUUCUCUCAUUUUAAGGCUCUUCAGAGGCGGCGCAGAGGUGGCAGUGAAGCGAAUAUCACAAGAGAAUGACGGCGUGAGAGAGUUCCUAGCAGAAAUUUCAAGCCUUGGAAGAUUGAAGCAGAGAAACUUGGUUGCUCUGAGAGGAUGGUGCAAGAAAGACAUGGGAAAUUUCUUGUUAGUUUAUGAAUACAUGGAUAAUGGGAGUUUGGAUAAGAGAGUGUUUUGUGAUGAGAGCAUGAUGCUGAACUGUGAAGAGAGAAUAAGAAAUAUCAAAGGUGUGGCCUUUGCUGUGUUGUAUUUGCAUGAAGGUUGGGAAGAACAAGUUCUGCAUAGGGACAUCAAAGCCAGCAAUGUGUUACUUGAUAAGGAUAUGAAUGGAAAGCUUGGAGACUUUGGAUUAGCAAGAAUGCAUAGCCAUGGCCAAGUUGCUAGCACAAGAAAGUUGGUUGGAACAGUUGGUUACAUGGCUCCAGAAGUGAUCAAGACCGGACAAGCCUUGACUCGCACGGAUGUGUUCAUGUUUGGAAUCUUGAUUUUAGAGGUCAUGUGUGGAAGGAGGCCUAUGGAAGAAGGUAAGCCACCUCUUGUGGAGUUUGUGUGGGGACUAAUGGUUAAAGGGGAACUAAUGAAUGCACUUGAUGAGAGGUUAAGUGCUAAAGGAGACUUCAAUCUGCAACAAGUUGAGAAGGUUCUUCAGUUGGGAUUGUUGUGUGCAUACCCUGAACCAAAAUCAAGACCAAACAUGAGACAAGUUGUGAGUAUUUUAGAAGGGAACAAUGAGGGAGGAGAAGAAUCAGAGAAUGAGAAUGCGGAUACUUGUUUAAGGCCACAUUCCAUAAUAUUGAAUGACUACAGUGACAUGUUAAAAGUACCCAAGGGAUGGGAAGCUCUUUGUUAA